AUGGGCGAAAUCGUGCCACUUUGGAUUGAUGGCAAAGAGACCACGACCUCGAUCACGUUCGAUGUCGUAAGCCCUGUGGACAGCAAGAAACUUUGGUCCGCAGCAUCUGCGACGAAGAAGGAAGCAAUUCAAGCCUGUGAGGUUGCUCAAAAUGCAUUCAAGACAUGGCGCAAGACGAAAGCUGCAGACAUUCAGGCAAUCCUUCUGAAAGCUGCAGACAUCAUGGACGGCCGCCGAGACGAACUUGCCCAGAUCAUGAUGCAGGAGACAGGUGCUCUCCGGCCCUUUGCUGACUUCAAUACACAAACCACGAUCGAUUACCUCCGCGACGUUUCUGGAAGAGCCUCCAACAUUCACGGCGUGAUUCCGCAAACCAAGGAUCCCAACCAAAGUGCCUUCAUAUACAAGGAACCAUACGGAGUCAUUCUGGGCAUCGCGCCAUGGAACGCGCCAUACAUUCUGGGCUGCAGAGCGUUUCUGUUCCCCAUUGUCGCUGGUAACACAGUCGUCUUCAAAGGCUCCGAGCUGUCACCGAAGACGUUCUGGGUACUGGGACAGAUUUUCAAGGAAGCCGGUCUUCCAGAUGGUGUUCUGAACAUAAUCUACCACCAGCCUUCAGAUGCGGCCGAAGUCACCAAUACCCUGAUCGAGCACCCGGCUGUCAAGAAAGUGAACUUCACUGGCUCAACACUCGUAGGCUCCAUCAUCGCUGCGAAAGCUGGCAAAGAGCUCAAACCAGUCCUGAUGGAGCUCGGAGGCAAAGCUUCUGCAAUCGUGUGCGAAGACGCCAAUGUCCAGAAUGCAGCUUUCCAGGUCGUUCUCGGCUCCUUCUUGCAUGCCGGACAAAUCUGCAUGGCCACAGAACGUGUCUUGGUGCACCGCAAGAUCAUAGACGAAUUCGCUUCGGUGUUGAAAGCCGUUGUUCCAAAGAUCUACGAUCCAAAUGGCGACGAGCCGGUCCUCGUUGCUAAGGCAGGUGCCGAGAAGAAUUACAGACUGAGACAAGAUGCUCUGGCGAAAGGCGCGCAGGUCGUCUAUGGGGAUCCCGCAGCAAACAAUUCCUCCAACUACAGGAUCCAGCCCCUCAUUGUGCAGGACACGAAGAAGGACAUGGAUCUCUGGUACACGGAAUCCUUCGGACCAACGCUGUCGCUCAUCCCCAUCGAAUCCGAUGAGGAGGCGAUCGAGAUCGCGAACGAUACCGAGUAUGGACUGUCCGGUGCAGUGUUUACGACGAAUCUUGGGAGAGGCUUGAAGAUUGCCAAGGAGAUUGAUUCGGGUGCCAUUCACAUCAACGGCAUGACUGUGCACGACGAGGCGGGCUUGCCUCACGGUGGGGUGAAGAAGAGUGGCUGGGGCCGGUUCAAUGCUCAAUGGGGCGUUGAGGAGUUUGUCAAGCUGAAGACUGUCACUUAUUAUACUGACAUGUAAACUGUACUGGGACCGAGGGAGAGCAUCAUGUAGGGUCCCAAACGACUCGCAAAAGUAAUAGUCGAGAACAAAUCAUAUACAGUCUUC